AUGCCAGCACAAAAGCAGAGUUCCGCCUUUCCAGCAGUGAUGACCCACCCACAUGAGAACACGCCUCUCACAAAGGAUCUCCUUCAUCCCUUCCCAGAAGAGGAGAAGAGGAAACACAAGAAGAAAUGCCUGGUGCAUAGCCCCAAUUCCUACUUCAUGGAUGUGAAAUGCCCAGGAUGCUAUAAAAUCACCACGGUCUUUAGCCAUGCACAAACGGUAGUUCUGCGUGUUGGCUGCUCCACUGUCCUCUGCCAGCCUACAGGAGGAAAAGCAAGGCUUACAGAAGGAUGUUCCUUCAGGAGGAAGCAGCACUAAAACACUCUGAAUGAAGAUGAGUGGGAAACCAUCUCAAUA